AAUUAAUCUAAAAUCAUAACAAAAGCUAAUUAAAAUAAUAUUUAUAUAAUGUUUUGCUGAAUUUUAAACUAUUUAUUUUCUUUUUGAAUAUAGAAUUUUCCAUGAAUUAUCUACACAUAUAACAACCUGUUCUGUCAAAUCUGUCCUAUAUUUAACCGUUAAAAAAUGAGAAAUGGUUUUGAAAAAUAUUUUGAAAAUUAUUUUACUGUUAAGUUCACUCAUUAGAACAUGUGAUUCCAAUUUAAUCAAAACAAAUCAUAACCUUGGUUUGGGCUUGUCAUUAAGUUCCUUAGAAAACCUUUGCAAAAAAUUGGAUGACCCCAAAAUCACAAAAAAAUGUAAUAUAGUCUCAUGUAUAGGUGCAAAUAACUGGAAACAGAGAUUCUUCGUAGAAAAUAAUUUCGGACUAGAUCCAACCAAAUCGUCAACUAUAAGCGGACCAUUGAAACCAAGAAAUAAUCUCUGGGAACACAGUGUUCAGGAUGGAUAUAAUUUACUUCUGGACUCUGAAAUACCUAACUUUGAAAAUGAAAUAAAAAGCGCCGUAAACAACAAAUCAAUAGUUAAUUUGUCAGCACUGUCAAAGUGUAUCCUAAUUUACUUGAACGAAGAUAAUUUUGACCUGAACAAUGAAGAAAUAACAUUGAACCAGAACGUAAAGAUGUUCUUUGAACAAUUAUCAAAAAGGCUAGAUUUAGAACUAGGAAGGAACGAUAAAAAUUCAAAAGAUAUAUACAUUGUUCUGCCUGACUUUAACUCGUUCCAAAAAAAGGUGAAACCAAAUAAAUCGCAAAUCAAAUCACUUGAAAGUAAUUUGAAACAUUUCUUCCCUAAAAUGAAUAUGCAUGUUAAUCAUUUUGACACUAAAUUUACCGUUUCAAAGUAUUUUGACAGUCCAUCAAACAUAAAUAUUAAAGAUGUUGUUGAUGUUUUAAAAUCAUUCAAUACACCAAAUAAUUCCACACAGAUGUUAGUUGAUUACGUAAGGACCAAGUGUUUUGAGAAUUUCACGAAAUUUGUCGACGACUCUCUCGAAAGGUCUUUGAAAGGAGAAAAAAUAGACAAAUUCGCAGCCAAAUAUCAUACACAGCUAUUUGACUCUAAAGUUUCAUUCUACACACUUGUGAUGGACCAACUGGGCCGAAAUAUUCCAACUGAUUUUACAGAACCAAUUAAUGCGCAUAAUGCUAAACUGUGUCUGGAAAGACUCAUUAAGAACUUGGAAAAUGAUAUCAAAACAGAAUUUGCAAAAUAUUUCACUGAACAUAGAAAAAAAUUGGACAUAAAUCUGGUAGUAGAUCAGUUUAUUCACAAAUUUAAGACUCAAAUGAAGAGUAUAUUGCCAUUCAUGUCUGAAAGUGAAUCAAAUGCAUCAGUCAAAGAUACAGUAUCGCGCCUGGAAGAAUAUAUGUACCAUAUGAACGAACUAUAUACAGAAUUCCCAAACAAACAUGAUUCGAAAACUGAUCUGAAGAAAUCAUUCAAAAGCCUGAAGAACAAAAUUAAAUUUAAUAAAAGAUUUCACGGAAUUAUUCAACUAGUUGGACUGAUUAGAGAUAGAGGAUCAGGAAACAAGCGGGGAUUAUUAAAUUAUCACCAUCCACCAUUCUUACUGACAUUGGGAUAUGCUAACGAUCGUGAAAUAUUUGACGAUGGAUCCGGUACAGGAGUUAUGGCAUCCCUGUUCAAGUUUCAACCAAUAUUACAUUUAAAAAUAAGAUUGUAAUUUAAUAUUGAAUAUAUUCAAUUUCUUGGGAGUAUAA